CCACCACCCCCACCCCCACGAAUGUCGACUGACCCCAAAGUCGGAUCAAUCAACUGAACUGUAGCUAAAUGGGUACCAAAUCGUUAUGCGUCAAAGAUUAGGAGGACCCAAAUCCGUAAUUUUCAACUUCAAACGCGAUAGCUAGCCGUGGGCACCCCUGCCCUGUUCCUCUGUUCCGGGCGGCUGCCUACAUAAGCGCAGGCGCAGGCGCAGCUCCCCUCCCCUCCCCUCCUCCGCGCUCCGUGCCCAAUCCCCACUUCCUACCGGCGACGAAACCCUCGCCUCCCCUCCCCUCCCCUCCAAUCAACCCCACCCCAUCCACCGGCGAGACCGGCGCACAGCUCGCAGCGCGGCCGAGACCGCGCGAGCCCGGCGCCGACCACAACCGCGGCGAGGAGCCGAGCGUCGGGAGCGGCGGGCGGGCGGGAUCACCGGCAAGCCUCGCGCCGAGGAACGAGCGGCGGGCGGGCGAGCCUCGCGCCGACGGCCAAAGAAGAAGAGGCCGGACGCACGGCAGAUGGCCAAAGACUUGCUCUGGGAGUUGGCCCUGAUGGCCUGGCCUCUCCUCAAGGAGGAGGCCGCGGAGCUCGCCAAAAGCGUGCUCCGCGAGCUGGCGCGCGAGGAGGCCAAGACGCGGCUCAAGGCCGCCGUCAAGGCUGGGGCGGAGGGCCUCAAGGGGCUUCUCGAGGCGCCUCCAUCCACUCCGACUCCGGCGCGGCCGGACGAGGUGGCAGACCCGCGUCAGGGGGAGCUGCUGGUCGAUAGAGCGGCUGUCUGCAUCGACCACGCCCCGCUGCUGCUGCGUCGUCCACAGCUUCGCCAUCUCCCCCCCUUCGUCGACGACGUCGUCCUCGCCAGGGUGGCGCCCAGCCUCCUCGGUCGGCUCGGCCCCCAGAUGGAGCCGGCCGUUCAGGCGCUGCUGCGCGGCAAGGUGAUCGCCCCAGGGGUGCAGUCGGCUCUGCGCUCCGGCCUGGAGCUGCCACCCGCAGUCAGGCAGAUGCUCGCCGGCAAGUUCCAGACGAGCGGCGUGCAGUCGGCUCUGCGCUCCGGCCUGGAGCUGCCACCCGCAGUCAGGCAGAUGCUCGCCGGCAAGUUCCAGACGAGCGGCGUGCAGAGCCUCGACUGCUCCACGCUCCUCGCCUUCGCCGCCAGGGCCCGGGCUGACGGCCCUUCUUCUUCCAUCACAGCCGCGACAGCGGGUGCGGCUGCCCAGGCGCUCCCCAGCCUACAGGACAUCGUCGUGUGCGCGCCCGCGAUAGGGGUGAUCGCCCUCGCCCUGUACCUGAUCUGGAGGCGGCCGGGCGGCGGCGACUGAGCGCGGGCCGGCGCAAAUCCUCAGAAUCAAUCGAUAUAUUCUGUUGAUUCCCAGUAUUCUUAGUUUCUUGGAAACAUGUCAAAGAUCAGUAGCUGAUGUAGUCAUGAGAAGAAGUCUUCCAUUAUUCCCUUCCCUGAGAUAGAAUUCAAUUUAUAAAUCGCACUGCUGAAAUUGGUUUAGAGGAUCUAUAAAUCUGAAAUCUCGAUUGCAACAUCUUUUUCUGCUGUAGUCUGUUUUCUCUGUCAGUCUUCAGUGUUUCUGUUGAUGCAGUGUGUUGCUGACAGUAACUUGAGAUUCAGAAACGCCAAUCCACCCAGAUUCAGAAGCCCUCGACGGUGCGGCGGCGGUCCACCUGCUCCCCUGUUUCUUUGUCAAAACUGAAUGUUGAAUGCACUUGGAAUGUUGACAGAGUUUUGGUCAAAACAUUAGAUGCUGUGAGCUUUUUCAGCUAUCCAAAGUUUUAGGCCUAUUGCUUGUCCAAUCAGUGUGUAAAUUUAUUAGGGCUGUGUGAAUUAAUGCUUUCAACUAUUGAGAUGAUUAUUGGAACGAUUAUGAUUAUUGGAAUAAUUAUUCUAGAUCGUCA